AUGGGUCCUCUCGGAACAGCAGUUACAAGGAUGGAAAUCCCUGUAAACCCACAACGAGAACAACCACUUUUUUUUCCCACCACGUUUAUCGAUCGUCUCGUUGAGUUUUCUAAUAACCGAGCUCGUGAACUGCGGUUCGGUUUUGGAAUGUUAUCACGUCAGGACUCGGGAAAUCGGCCACUGAGCGAACAGAGUGCGAGAGGUUCUUAA